AUGGCGGGCGCGGAAGCGGAGCCCGGGAGUGGCGGCGGCGGCGGCGGCGGGGGUUCGGCUCUUCGCGGCCAGAGCCACAGCGCCGUGCGCGUGGCGCCGCUGGACCCCGAGCAGCUGCGGCGGGUCCUGGAGCAGGUGACUCGGGCGCAGCCACCGCGGGACGCCGGGGCCCCGCGCCCGCUGCCGCCCCAGCAACUUGAAGCCAUUUGUGUCAAGGUGACAUCCGGCGACACAAAAAGUAAGGAAGGGCCAAUGCCCCCUCUGGCCGCCGUCCAACCUGAAACAGCAAGACCUGGAAGCCAACGACCUGGAAGCUGCCGCCUGAGGCUGUGCGCCCCCAGCCCCCAGCUGCGCAUGCGCAGGGUGCAGGCCCUGGGGAGGGCUGGCUCACAGAUGUGCUCCCUCGGAGCCUCCCCUCAGCCCCCUGCUCCUCCCGUGCGUGUACAGAAGCCACUGCCAGCCCUUGAGCCAGUCCCCGCAAGGAGAGCCAGGGCCCCUCAGGCUACAAAUGGGCAAGGCGUCACCCUGAGCCCUUUGGCAGCCUCUGGGCCUCCCGUCCCAUCCAGUUCGGCACACCUGCUCAUUUCCAGCUUGCGUACAGCGCAUACUGAAAAGCUGAAGAAAUCUUUAAAGGUGAAGACACGAUCUGGACGCAUAUCCCGGCCUCCCAAAUAUAAAGCCAGAGAUUAUAAAUUCAUCAAAACGGAGGACUUAGCAGAUGGGCACCUGUCAGAUUCUGAUGACUACUCAGAGUUGAGUGUGGACGAGGAGGAACAGACGGAGAAGGGCGGCCUCUUUGGCACUGAGGGGUGUGCCCUGAGGCCCAAGGCCUUUCGGUGUCAAGCUUGUGAGAAGUCUUACAUAGGAAAGGGGGGGCUGGCGAGGCAUUUUAAACUCAACCCAGGCCAUGGCCAGCCGGAGCCUGAGAUGUCGCUGUCACAGAAAGCUAACGGGAGCCUGGCCCUGGGGUGCGUGGGCUCACAGACCAGAGGCCUGCCUUCUCCCGCGCUGUACACACCCGCCACUAUCUGCACGGAAGAGGCAGAGGCAGGGUUGGCCUGGCGGAUCCCACAGAAUGGUAAGCCUGUUGAAGUUGAAGAGACAGUGGUACCUGAACCAGAAAGUAGAAGUCCCCCGACUCUUCUGGGACCAGAGAAAUACCUAGAACCUAAGAGUGGAAGUUGGGCAAGCCAGGCAGAGCCCAGCACAGCCAGCCUCCUGCAGAGUGGAACCGUCCAACCCAACAGCGGCCCUGCUGCCCCUUCGAGGCUGAGCGUCCCCCGGGGAGCUCAGCUCCAGGAGGUUCUCAAGCUGGGUGGCCGGGAGGAGCUGGUGGAAUUGGUUCUGCCUCAGCUGGCUCAGGUGGUGACCCUGUGUGAACUUCUUCUGGUGAAGGUUGAGAGAAGUCGCGGAGCGAGGCCUUUCUUUCCUGCUGUGUACAAGGAGUUUGAAGAGUUGUACGCCGUGGUGAAGAGGCUGUGUCAGGAUUACCUCAGCAGCUCGGGCCUGUGUUCUCAGGAGCCCCUGGAGAUAAGCAAUGAUGAGGUUGCCAGGUCGUUAGGAAUCACAGAAUUCCUGAGGAAGAAGGAGCCACAGUCAAGCAGCACACCCGCAGGCCCCUGUCUAGAGACAGAGGAGAAGCUGCUGGAAGCCAGUGCACAGAAGAGGGAUCGGGGACAGGCUGUGGAGGCCACAGGGGAGGGGCUGACCUCAGUGAAGAAGGCCCGAACAGCAGCUCUGCCCACAGAUGUCCCCGAGUGUCCUGCUGCCAUCAGUGGAUGUCUGCAGAAGCCUGGGUCCUCAUGUGCUCCAGCCACCAGCACGGGUUCUGCCCCUGCAGCCACUGAAAACCCUUCUUUCCGCUCUGAAGGAAGCUGUGGGGAGAUGGUUCCCGCUAGUGGCAGAAGUGAGCUGCCUGCACGCCAGCAGCUCUCGGUGAUGGCAUCUGUGGACUUUGAAGCCAGGCAUGGCUCUGCAGACCCCACUCUUCCCUGUCAAGGUGUCAGUAGGAUGGCUCUUUAUUCCCAGGAAGCAGAGCCUAGAGGGCUGUCCCCAGCCCAGUUGUCAGGGUUUUUGGAAGAGAAUGUUCCAGAACACUCCGUAGAGCAGAAUUCUGGGACCAUCCAGAGGAGCACUGGUGUCUGUGGUACCCUACCAUCAGGCAGAGGAGUGGAGUCCCUGCUUCUUGGAGAAUGGGGACUUGCAGGGGCAGGGGACCUCAGAGAAAUGAGCCAACCCCACCUCAGGGGGCAGCAGGGCAGCCAUGCCCUGCCUGCAGAGGCUGCAGCCUUUCCACUCCACAGCAUCUUGCCUGUGACUGUCCCUCCAGCUGCCUGUGUUUCCAAGACUGUGCCCGAGCCAGGGCCUCAUCCCGGGCCUGAUGGGUCCUUGUCCACUAAUGGGGGUCCCAGUGUUGGAAGCGAAGCUGGGGAUGUAAGCCAGUUCCUCUCCAGGAUGGAGGCAGAUGGCCACAGAGGGCCAGAGACUGUGGCUGCUGUGGAGGAAGCCGUGGCUCUGUGGAAGGAAGCCAUGACUUUUGAAAUUUCCGAUGUGUGCGAGGAAGUGUUGUCUCAGGGACAGGAACAUAUUUUUAUUCAGACUCCCAAUGGUCUUAUUUUGCCCAAUCCAAGCACUGUGUCUCGGGAAGAGAACACUCUCCCAGUGACCAUCACGGGUUCUCUCUUGAGGUCUGGCCCACCAGAGAGGGUCGCUCUUGAAGCCUUGGAGGCCUUCCACACUGUGGAAGCAGAGCCCUCUCAGUGACCAGGAGUCAUGUGAGAGUGUGUGUGUGUGAGUGUGCGCCAGUGUGUGUGAUGUGUGUGUAAGUAUAGGGUCUUUCUGCCUCCCCUUCCUGAGUUGGUAGGGUGACAGGGAUGGCACACCAUGCUGGGCAGAACUUUGAACCCAUAUUGGUAUGGAUUUUACCCAUGGAAGGUCUACUUCAGGCAGCAUGUAUUUUCCUAUGUGAAUACCGACACAAAGGAGCCAUUUAUUUAUAAAGAAUAAUGUCUGUUCUACUAUCUCUUUUCCUAAAGAGCUUAUUACAAUAAUGGUACAUAUGUA